AUGAAGACACCGUUUCCGGUAUCCGCGAACUAAAAAAAAGAUGAAAUUUAGGUUUUCUCAGAGACUUGUGCCAUUUGCACGUAGAACAAUCUUCAAUCAUCAGCGUAUCCGCUCAAGUUCCUUCUUCAUUAGGAACCUGCAUGCUGCUACUAAGCAAGCUCCAGCUUCCUUUAAUGGCAGCGGAAGCAGCAGCAGCGGCUCUAAAGGUAAUCCUUUUCUGGUGCCUGGUGCAACUGUGGCAACUAUAUUUAUGCUUGGAGCUCUCCAUGCUAGACGGAUGUAUAGUGACAAGAAAAUUGAAGAGGCAAGGGAAAGCGGCAUUGAACUCGAGCUCCAACCAGAUGUCAAAGCUAAAUUUCUGAGGAUGUUACCUCUGCGCUCCAUUUCAAGGUUUUGGGGAGUUUUGUCUGGCACGGAACUUCCUGUGUGGCUGCGUCCAUAUGCUCAUAGAGCUUGGGCUCGUGCGUUUCAUUCAAACUUGGAAGAGGUGGCCUUGCCUUUGGAUCAAUAUGCAUCAGUUAAAGAUUUUUUUGUUCGCUCUUUGAAAGAAGGUUGCAGGCCAAUCGAUUCUGACCCAUAUAGUCUGAUCAGCCCUGUUGAUGGUACCAUUGUAAGAGUUGGAGAGCUGAAAGAAGGUGUUAUGAUAGAGCAAGUUAAAGGGUUCUCCUACUCUGUAUCUUCCCUUUUAGGUGCAGGCUCAUUUCUCCCUCUAAUGGCUGCUAAAGAUAUACAUGAACAAGACACUAGUCAGCAAGAAAACAAUAUCAGGGAUGAAAGUACCAAAUCUUGGUGGAGAGUUUCAUUGGCUUCACCAAAACUUAGGGAAUCUUCUUCGUCACGUCCAAUGAAAGGUCUUUUUUACUGUGUUAUAUACCUGAGGCCAGGAGACUACCAUCGAAUUCACUCACCAGUUGAUUGGAAUGUACUUCUUCGGAGGCAUUUUACUGGUCGGCUGUACCCUGUGAAUGAGCGUGCUACCAGGACAAUAAAAAAUCUUUAUGUUGAGAAUGAAAGGGUUGUACUUGAAGGCAAAUGGCAAGAAGGUUAUAUAGCAAUGGCUGCAGUAGGUGCAACAAAUAUUGGGUCUAUUGAGCUUUUCAUUGAACCUGAUUUGAGGACAAACCAACCAAGAAAGAAGUUGGUACAAUCAGAAGCUCCUGAAGAGCGGGUGUAUGAACCCCAAGGUACAGGAGUGUUGCUCAAGAAAGGAGACGAGGUAGGUGUUUUUAACAUGGGAUCAACAGUGGUGCUAGUGUUCCAAGCUCCUGCUUUGUCAUCAUCAGAAUUCAGGUUCGGUGUUGAAAAAGGCGAUAAAAUACGGAUGGGUGAAGCCCUAGGACGGUUACACCAUCUGUAACACGUGCUUGUCAUUUUUAACCGAAGCUAUGAUUACAGAUUGACAUGUUUUAUCUCUAAUGGUUCAAAUAGGUAAAAAUUAAAAGUUUAUGUAUGAGACGGAGCAUUUUUUCCUGAAAGCAUUUAUGUUUUAAACUUUAGAUUAUAAUUCAUUCGUGACGGGACGAAAAUGUUUGCCUA